UGGAAUUACUCUUUAGUAUGUUUUGAACGUUCGAACUAAAAUGUUUCUCAGAAUGUUAACGACAAUCGAGAUCAUGUGAAAAAUUUACGAAAGAAGCACGUAAAGCGAGAAAAUCCUGAAAACAAGGUUUACAAUAAUUCGAAAGAAAUGUCUAAGACAGCGAGAAUAAUCAAAGGCCCACCCGCCAAUGAGAUAGUGCUAGACUGUUCAGUAGGACAAUUUUUCUUAGAACAUUUGCGAAAACAUUCUAAUCGUAUUUUUGAGAUUGACGCCGAAACUGGACAAUUUCAAACGAAUAAGGAAAUAUUGGAAAGAAGCGUCAAACUCGCUGAGAUUUUAAAAAGGCGCAAUAUAAAAUUGGAAGACAAGAUAUCUAUUGCUGCGGAAAAUCAUCGCAAUUGGUUUGUGGCAGCAUUGGCAAGCAUAUAUGUCGGAGCAGUGGUAGCACCUUUUAAUCCUUCAUAUACAGAACUCGAGAUGAAACACGUCCUAAACAUUUCGAAGCCGCGAAUUAUCUUCGUAUCGCGAAAAACCGAAAAGCUACUAAGUAAAAUAGUAGUUGAUCUAUCUUGGCGGAUGGAAUUGAUUGAAUUAGACGAUGAAGCACUUACGAGUAACGUGCCUACGUUAAAAAGUUUGUUGGAAACGACGGACUAUUACACAGACCCUUAUCGAUAUAUUCCUAUUGAUAUCGGUGAUAACAAGGAACGGCCAGUGUUAAUUUUAUGCUCAAGCGGUACUACGGGUUUGCCAAAAGGAGUACUGCUGUCUCAUCAGAAUCUGUUAAACUUCACGCAUAAUAUACAUAAAUUCAAUUAUCUAGACAUAACGCAAGACGAAAGGAUAUUAUUGUUUCUCCCGUUGUAUCACGGUUAUGGCUUCGGUAUAAUAUCAAUUAUAACAUUAACUGGAUCAACGCUAGUCCGAAUUGCCAACUUCUCAAUGGAACUUCUCUUCACUUCGAUUCAAAGAUAUCGCAUCACUUUUCUACCUAUCGUGCCGUCGGUGCUGAUUAUUCUCGCAAAACACCCGGCCGUUCCUAGCUACGAUUUUCGAAGCGUGAAGAAAGUCCUGUGUGGAGCAGCGCCAUUACCAAAGGAGUUGCUAUUGGAGGCAAAGAAACGGCUAAACCUAAAGUCUAUUACUAAUGCUUAUGGCAUGACAGAGCUUUCGAUAGUGAUCGGCUUUAGCGACAAAUCCGGUGAGAACGACAAUGCUAUCAGUAACCUUAUGCCCGGUAUACAAUGUAAGGUAAUCAAUCCCGAGACAUUUGAGACUUUAGGACCGAUGCAACCGGGAGAAUUGUGCAUCAAAGGCGAACAUAUCCUAAUGUUGGGAUACUACGGUAAUCGCAAAGCGACCGAUGAAACAAUCGAUAAUGAUGGUUGGCUUCAUACGGGUGACGUCUGUCUUUACGACAAGACUGGCAAGUUGUUCAUCGUCGAUCGACUAAAGGAGCUCAUUAAGUACAAAGGUUAUCAGGUCUCACCGGUCGAAAUCGAAGUUCUCCUACUUUCUCAUCCUGCUGUUAAGGAUGUCGCUGUCACUAGUAAACUUGACGAAAAUUCUGGCGAACUACCAAUGGCUUUCAUCGUGAAGCAACCUGAUGUAAAAGUAACCGCUCAAGAAAUUGCAGACUACGUUAAAAGACAAAUGUCAUCGCAAAAGUGGCUGAGAGGUGGCGUACGUUUUAUCGAUGCCAUUCCUAGGAAUUCGACUGGAAAGGUCAUGCGGCGCGAACUUCGAAGAUUGGCGUCCAAUUUGUAAGGACUAAAUUUCGCCGUGGGAAAUAUUCUCUUUUUUAUUCGACCUUUUUAUAAUCGCAAAUUUACUUCCUAUGUUAUUUGCAUAUUUUAACUAUUUAGAAUAUAAAAAAUGCAAUAAUCACCAAUGAUAAUGUUACAGUUUCGUACAUAUAUGCAAAAUAAAAUGAAGAUACCUGUUG